AUGGAUCCCGAUGCAUUCCGAUCGACCAUGUCCGGGUUGGCUUUCGGGAACGUGAUGGCGGCGGCUGCCCGCGAUUAUCAGAAGGUGCGGGGUUUUUUUUCUGUUUCCUCGUUGGAAUGAUCGUCGCUUGCUCUCUUGCCACUUGAUUUCGCCGACAAUGCAUUUUCCUAGAUUAUUUUUUCCCCUCCCCAUCCCGUGAUAGGUGGAUACCUGCUAGUCUAGGGAUUCGCGGCAAUGGCUCAGGGUGUUUUCCUUUUUUUUAUUCAAAUACUCUUUUGAGGUAUUACGCAGUUGCUCGAUUCAGUUUACCCCUGCUGGAUAUGUCCGGGUAAAUGUGUCGCCAGUUUUCUUCUUGAAGAUCUUCACACACUGUGGGAACAGAUGUCCUUCUCGGUGGAAAUGGUUUUCCCCUCGAUGGUUCUCCGUGAAAUAGAUUAUAUCACUAUAUGAGAGUUUUUUUUUUUUUUUUUUGGGAUAACAUUCCAUUGAAGUUCUAGUUUACGAUGGAGAAAAGUAACACGCGAACUUGCUAAUCUCAAAAUGCCGUUGCAUGAUGUUCAAAUAAUUGAUGGGAUACUCUGGGCAAUAGCCCCUGGUUUGUUCUUCCACCAUUCUAUCCGCAAGGGAAUAAUCCAACUCAUUGCAUCCGAGAUGCUACACUUGCUCUCCGAGAAAUGGAUCACUUUGGGAUUUUGAAGUCCAUGAUAGGGAUGAUCAUCUUUAGGAAAAAAACGCGAUUGUAUUCAGUGGAGCUACCAGGGAAGGGUUUCCCACGGUGAUCUCCCGAUAGCUUUUUCAAGCUGACGGACCUUUUGGAAGAACUUGAGAACGGGAGUAUGUCUUUCCGUAUCAUCUGUUGAAGUCAAGAAAGUUAGAUCUAGUUCACAAGAGGUUAUACCAUCACAGGCGCAGGCCACCAUAGGGAUGAAGUGGAAAUAAGGUUGAACCAGUCAACUUGCCCUUCGUUUUGUAUUAUUCUGACUCUCCCCUACUGCAAUUUCGGCCAGUAAAUGCAAGUUGGCUUUGCUCAAGUUAGAUGAAUCUCUCUAAGCAUUUCUCACCAGGAUUACAGAAAAGAUUUCUCAAUUCUGUACACUUCGGGUUUCUGUGUGCGAAGAUUCCUGUUACCAGUGCUUCCUCACUAUAUAUUUGGGUGAAAUAAUCCUUAAAUUUUACUUUGUCUUCGAAAAAGUAUGUAAGUAAUGCUCUAAUAUGCCUUGCCUUUUGUAAAUGUAUGCUCGAUUUCGCAGGAAUUAGUCGCUCAAGGGAAGAUGCAGUCAUCCAGUGAGCCCAACCCGGAGGUUGACCUAGAUGAACUAAUGGAUGUGAGUUCGGCAUGGUUCAGUGCAAUUACAUGUAGUUACCCUUUUCUCAGUCUGCCUGCAUGAUUCUAUUUUUCUGACUGCUCAGAUUUCAGGAUCCUGAGCUGGAAAGGCUGCACGCUGAUAGAAUCGCGGCCCUGAAGGUUCCAUUUCUUUCUAUCUACUCUUCCUUCGAGAUGUCCUCUUCAUUAAUGAAAUUUAGUCAACUCUUGUGCAGAUUCCUUUUUUUUUAUUUGACCAACAUAGUACAUGUUGACUUCCUUCUUCAACAGAAAGAAGCAGAGAAGAGAGAAGCCUUGAAAAGGCAGGGUCAUGGAGAGUACAGGGAGAUCACAGAAGGUGACUUCCUGGGCGAAGUGACUGCAAGUGAGAAAGUCAUUUGCCAUUUCUACCACCGAGAGUUCUACCGGUGCAAGUAAUCCCACAUCCAACUCUUUUUUUCUGAAUGUGCGGUGUAAUCUCUGUGAAUAACCUGAACGAGGUCUUGGGUAAGAAAAAUAAAUAUCAAUAAUUAUGAUUUCUCAAGUCCAUUUUGACGAACUGAACAGGAUCAUGGAUAAGCAUCUGAAAGCUCUCGCACCUCGGUUCGUUGAUGCAAAAUUCAUCAAGCUGGAUGCUGAGGUUAGUCUACAUCUUCUCGCCAGAUUAUUUCUUCUCUUCUUUUAAUGUGAAGCUGAUCUGUUCCAUCUAUUUGAUGAAGAAUGCGCCGUUCUUUGUGGCAAAGCUGGCUGUCAAAACCCUACCCUGUGUCAUUCUAUUCAGGUAGCAUCUUCUUCUUUUUUUCCUCCCUUAAAUUCGUUAACUUUCUUAUAAUAGCUUGUAUACAUUAUUCACUGAUCGUCUCCCAAUCGUUGACUCAUGUUCAGAAAGGGCAUUGCUGUGGAUCGGCUGGUGGGCUUUCAAGAUCUGGGCAGUAGAGAUGAUUUCGGAACAAAGUCAUUGGAGAAUAUAUUAAUCCGGAAAGGUUUGAGCUUGUUCCCCUUUUGACUUCCAUGCUCUGGUGGUGCUAAGAACAUGGGAUCUAAGAUCCGGGCAAUAUCUGGCAGGCAUACUUAAUUUAAAGAAGGGGGAGGGGGAUGAUGAUGAUGAUGAUGAGGGCGGGCAUUUCGGUGGAAGCAGGACCGUGAGGUCCUCGGUGGCUGAGGGUUCUGAUUCAGACUAA